AUGCCGCGCGACGACGCUUCACCGAGCAGAGCCAUUGUGAGCAGUGGUGCGGGCAACUCGAUGACGACGGCGACGACGGGGAGGCUCCCGUACCCGAUGCUGACAAGGACGAACUACGCGGCAUGGGCGAUGAGGAUGAAGUACCUCCUGCGAACCAAUGGCGCAUGGGGUGCUGUUGUUCGUAAGAAGGAGUCCGAGGGCGUUGAUGAGAGCAAGGACCAGCUGGCCUUGUCGAUCAUCUCCCAGUCGAUCGACGACGAAACGCUGCUACGAGUUGCGGAGAAGGAGACCGCCUCCGAUGUGUGGGUGGCACUGCGCUCCAUGCAUGUGGGCGUCGAGCGCGUCCGGGAGGCAAGGAUCCAGUCCUUGCGCUUGGAUUUUGAUAACCUUAAGAUGAGUGAUGCAGAGUCCGUGGAUGAUUUCGCGGAGAAGUUCAUGACGCUAGUCGGGCGCAUACGUGAGCUUGGAGAUGCGAUGGAAGAGAAGUACGUCGUGAAGAAGCUGCUGCGAACCGUCUCCAACAAGUUCAUGAACGUUGCUUCGUCAAUAAUGUUAUUCGGCGACAUCAACUCUAUGGCCAUGGAGGAGGCUAUUGGGUCACUAAAGGCACAUGAAGAGCUGCUCAAGGGACGAGAGGUCCAAACAGAAGAGCAACUUCUCAUGGCAAGAGGACAUGACUCGUUGCGAGGACGAGGUCGUGGCCGUGGCCGUGGCGAAGGGCGCAAAGACAAGAGCAAGGUACAAUGUUAUAACUGUCAAGAGUAUGGACAUUAUGCUUGGGAAUGUCCUAAGAAAGAAAAAGAGGAGAAAGCCCUGUUAGCUCAAGGCUACACAAGCGACGAACCAACACUUCUUUGA